AAACUUGCGAACUCGCGGAAUACGAUUCACCAACAUAACCGGGGUUCUGUUCCGACAAAGGUCAGGACACGACGGUUCCUUAGCUUUACGAAACGACAUGUCGAGGGAAAUAGUAGUAUAUACAAAAAUUGCGGAAACCCUAGCCACCCAGGGCUGAAAAACUGCCAACUUUGCUCAGUUCUUUUCCCCACCAUUCAAUUAGGGCUACCAAGAUUGCAGUUUGAUUCAGUCUCGAAUUUGGAAGAUGGGGAGAAGAAUCAAGCAGAAGAAGUUCAAAUUCGAAGACGACGAUGACGAACUUCAGGUUCUAAAAACUGUGGCUCCCAAGUUUGCCAAAUCGCUGAGCAGUGAUGACGACGAGGCCAAUGAAGAUCUUAGCCUCAAAAUUGUUGAGAAGGCCAUGCAAUUGCGCUCCGGAAAGUUGGUUACCGAUGCCGGCGUUAAUAAGGAUGGGAAGUGUGAACAAAGUGGUAAUGGUGAUGUUGCUGCCGUUGGAGCCAUUGAAUUGGUUCCAUCGUCAUUGGAGGGUGCUGAUGCCGACGCUGGAACUAGCAAAGCCAGCGCCGAUAGCAUAGCUACUGCUUCUAAGAAGACAGUGAAGAAGAGGAAGAAGAAAGUUAAGAAGCUGGGAACUGAAGAGCGCGAUGCGGUUGUCACAGAAGGAGAGAAGAUCGAGACAACUGGAGUGAUCGAUCAAGUGGAUUCAGUGGAACCAAACUCGACUGCGACAACUGAUAAUAAUGUGUUCAGGAAGCUUCUUCGUGGACCAAGAUAUUUUGAUCCUCCAGAUAGUUGGGGAACAUGCUAUAAUUGUGGCGAGGAAGGUCAUAAUGCUGUGAAUUGCACAUCGGCUAAACGAAAGAGACCAUGCUUUGUCUGUGGAAGUCUGGAGCACAAUGCAAAGAGUUGCUCAAAGGCGCGAGACUGCUUUAUUUGCAAGAAAGGUGGGCAUCGUGCAAAUGUUUGUCCGGAGAAGCACAAAAAUGUUUCUUCAAGCUUGAAGAUAUGUUUAAAAUGUGGAGAUUCUGGGCAUGAUAUGUUUUCUUGUCAGAAUCAUUAUGCAGAUGAUGAUCUUAAGAAGAUACAAUGCUACAUUUGUAAGAAAUUUGGUCAUUUAUGUUGUGUGAAUUCCACCAGUGAUACUUCAGUCGUUUCCUGCUACAAAUGUGGACAGACUGGACAUACUGGUCUGUCAUGCUCGAGAUUACGUGGGGAAGCCUCUGGUGCUGUAUCAUCUAGCCAAUGCUAUAGAUGUGGUGAAGAAGGGCAUUUUGCCCGUGAGUGCACAAGUUCCACCAAGAGUGGCAAGAGGAAUCGUGAGGAAGCCUCUGGUGCUGCAUCACCUAGCCCAUGCUAUAAAUGUGGUGAAGAAGGGCAUUUUGCCCGUGAGUGCACAAGUUCCACUAAGGGUGGCAAGAGGAUUCUUGAGGAAACUUCUGGUGCUGCAUCACCUAGCUCAUGCUAUAGGUGUGGUGAACAAGGGCAUUUUGCUCGUGAUUGUGCAGGUUCCACCAAGGGUGGCAAGAGGAUUAUUGAGGAACCCUCUGUUUUUUCAUCACCUAGCUUAUGCUAUAGAUGUGGUGAACUAGGGCAUUUUGCCCGUGAGUGCACAAGUUCCACCAAGCUUGCUCAGGGUGGCAAGAGGAAUCGUGAGUUAUCAAAUCCAAAAUGGAGGUCACAAGUAGAAGAAACUGACUAUAUGGGGUCAAAAUCUGCACCUCAUGAUCUUGUGAAAGCUCAUGAUAAGAAGAAGAAGAUGAACCAUGAAGAAAAAUACUCUGACUUGCCUAGGAAGUCAGGACAAAGGGGUCGCUGGAUGAUGGAAGAUCCUGGUCCUAACUUUUCCCAUGGCACGUUCAAUAGAAACGACUGGAAUUCUCCUGUCACACCAUCUCGGUGGGGUCAUGAUUAUUAUGCGGAAUACAACGGUCAAUACACAGACCCUCAUUUUUCCGGUCACUAUGCAAGCCCUCAAUUCUCUGGUCACUAUUCAAACCAUCAAUCUUUCACAAAGAGGCACACAUUACAUCCAGGAACUCCUCAGUAUGGAUACUCAGCAUCGAGAUUUGGAGGCUUUAGCCAUGAAGGAAGGAGUAGAAGCUACGGAUGGUGGUAGAAAGGGUGGUUAUUUGAUUUGAAUGAUUGGUAUCUGUUGGGAAAAAUAAAUACUGCUCAAAGAUUUGUUAAUUUCAAAGCAGAAUCUGAGAAUCAUUGUAAGUUACUGCUUCAUUUGUAAUAGUACCAUAUUUAUCUUUUAGCCUAGUUUACAUGAAUCCCUAUUGAUCUCUA